AUGAGGUCACUGAGAUAUCUAGAUGUUCAUUUCAAUGAGCUUUGUGGGCUGCCAUAUGCAAUUGGGAGACUGACGACUCAUGAGCUCUCACAAGCUUGUGAAGAGUAUGGAUUUUUCCAGAUCAUCGACCAUGGAGUGCCUGAGGAGUUAUGUUAUAGAAAGAUGGCUGCCAUGACCCAGUUCUUCAAAUUGCCUGCCGAAGAAAGAGCACAAUACUUUACCACAGAUCACUCCAAGCCAAUAAAGCUUUUCAACUACUACCUCAAGCUUGAAGGUGAUCAACAUCAAAAGGUCACUACGUGGAGUGAAACCUUCUCUCAUCUCUGGGAACCUCUCAAUUCUUUGCCUGAAAUCCUCCCCAAUGACAUUUGGGUUUUUGGUUUUAGUGAGGUUUUUGCUGAAUGUGAAAAGGAGAUUGGUGCAUUGGUGAAAAGGCUUUUGGGAUUGAUAUCCCAAGGGCUUGGCCCAGAGGAGGACUGCUUACAGAAGAAAUUGGGUGAGAAUCCUACUCAAAAAGCACAAGGAAACUACUAUCCACCAUAUCCUGACCCUGAUCUCACACUUGGACAAUCUGUCCAUACUGAUCUCAAUGCACUCACAAUACUUUGGCAAACAGAGGGAGUGACUGGCCUUCAAGUACUGAUCAAAGAUGAGAAAUGGGUUGCUGUUGAUCCUCUCCCAAGUGCCUCUGUUAUCAAUCUAGCAAUUCAAGGACAAGUUUUGAGUAAUGGAAGGUAUAAGAGCGUGCACCACAGGGCAGUGACCAACAAAGUUGAGCCAAGGUUGUCAAUAGCAAUGUUCUAUGGACCCAGCAAGGACACGGUGAUUGGUCCAAUUGAGGAUUUGAUUGACGAGGAACACCCUCCAUUGUACUGGAGCUAUAAGUAUGCAAAUUUUUUUUUUGAAGAAUUCUACAAGCAAGAAGGAAAAAGAAGAUUGGUGAAGGAAGCUUUUGAGUUUCACAAUUGA